CGCGAGCUUUUUGUUCGUUUUCACGAAUACAAUAUCCUGGAUUUAUUUUUCGAAAUGGUUAAUCAAGAACAAAGCUUGAUGAAGUGGAAAAUUGUGAUCCACGAAAUUUUCUUCUAUAUUUUUCAUGGUCUCGAACCCGAGGAUAUAAUAUAUGACCGUAAAGUCGAAUCUAAUAACAUAGCAAAGAAACUGUUGGCGAAAGAGGACGAUAAAAAACGAGAUCGUCGUCUAGCUGAUCAAAGAAGUCAACUAAAGACGUGGACUGAAAUAGAGGCAUGUGAUGGAAUCAAAAAGGCUGUGUCCAUCCAUGAAGCUGUUAUUGGAAACAGUUCCAAAGAAGAAACGGUCAAAAUCGACACUACUUGUGAGAUGCCUACUCCAAAA